AUGAAGAAAGUAAAUUUGAUUGGACCAUUAGCAUUGUUUCGAUACUCUGAUUGGCAGGAUAAAUUAUUUAUGUCCUUGGGCACUAUCAUGGCCAUAGCUCAUGGAGCAGGCCUCCCCCUCAUGAUGAUAGUAUUUGGAGAAAUGACUGACAGAUUUAUUAAUAUUGGAGGAAACUUCUCCUUUCCAGUGAAUUUGUCAUUGUCAAUGCUAAAUCCAGGCAGAAUUCUGGAAGAAGAAAUGACUAGAUAUGCAUAUUAUUAUUCAGGAUUAGGUGCUGGAGUUCUUGUUGCUGCCUAUAUACAAGUUUCAUUUUGGACUUUGGCAGCUGGCCGACAGAUUAAGAAAAUUAGGCAAGAGUUUUUUCACGCUAUUCUACGGCAGGAAAUAGGCUGGUUUGAUGUCAGUGACACCACUGAACUCAAUACACGGCUCACAGAUGACAUCUCCAAAAUCAGUGAAGGAAUUGGUGACAAGGUUGGAAUGUUCUUUCAAGCAGUAGCCACGUUUUUUGCAGGAUUCAUAGUGGGGUUUAUCAGAGGAUGGAAGCUCACUCUUGUGAUAAUGGCCAUCAGCCCUAUCCUGGGACUCUCUGCAGCUGUUUGGGCAAAGAUACUCUCGGCAUUUAGUGACAAAGAACUAGCCGCCUAUGCAAAAGCCGGUGCUGUGGCAGAAGAGGCUCUGGGAGCCAUCAGAACUGUGAUUGCAUUUGGGGGCCAGAGCAAAGAGCUGGAAAGGUAUCAGAAACAUCUAGAAAAUGCCAAAAAGAUUGGAAUUAAAAAAGCUAUUUCAGCAAACAUCUCCAUGGGCAUUGCCUUCCUAUUAAUAUAUGCAUCAUAUGCGCUGGCCUUCUGGUAUGGAUCCACUCUAGUUAUAUCAAAAGAAUACACUAUUGGAAAUGCAAUGACAGUCUUUUUCUCAAUCCUAAUCGGAGCCUUCAGUGUUGGACAGGCAGCUCCCUGUAUUGAUGCUUUUGCCAAUGCAAGAGGAGCAGCAUAUGUGAUCUUUGAUAUUAUUGAUAAUAAUCCUAAAAUUGACAGUUUUUCAGAGAGAGGAUACAAACCAGUCAACAUCAAAGGGAAUUUGGAGUUCAGUGAUGUUCAUUUCUCUUAUCCAGCUCGACCUAAUGUCAAGAUCUUGAAGGGCCUCAACUUGAGGGUAGAGAGCGGACAGACGGUGGCCCUGGUUGGGAACAGUGGCUGCGGGAAAAGCACGACGGUUCAGUUGAUACAGAGGCUCUAUGACCCUGAUGGGGGUAUGGUUACCAUCGAUGGGCAGGAUAUUAGGACAUUUAAUGUAAGGUAUCUGAGGGAAAUAAUUGGAGUGGUGAGUCAGGAGCCAGUGCUGUUUUCUACCACAAUUGCUGAAAAUAUUCGUUAUGGCCGUGGAAAUGUCACCAUGGAUGAAAUAAAGAAGGCUGUCAAGGAAGCCAAUGCCUAUGAGUUUAUCAUGAAAUUACCACAGAAAUUUGACACCCUGGUUGGAGACAGAGGGGCCCAGCUGAGUGGUGGACAGAAGCAGAGAAUCGCCAUUGCUCGGGCCCUGGUUCGCAACCCCAAGAUCCUCCUGCUAGACGAGGCAACGUCAGCACUGGACACGGAGAGUGAAGCUGAGGUACAGGCAGCUCUGGAUAAGGCCAGGGAAGGCCGGACCACCAUUGUGAUAGCACAUCGUUUGUCUACAAUCCGAAAUGUAGAUAUCAUCGCUGGGUUUGAUGAUGGAGUCAUCGUGGAGCAAGGAAGCCACAAGGAACUAAUGCAGAAGGGAGGGGUGUACUUCAGGCUUGUUAACAUGCAGACAUCAGGAAGCCAGAUCCCAUCAGAAGAAUUUAAAGUUGCACUAACUGUUGAAAAGCCUCCGGUGGGUUUGGCCCCAGAUGGCCAGAAAACUCAUUACAUAUUUAGGAAUAAAAGCCUAAGAAAUUCACGGAAGUAUCAGAAUGGCCUUGAUGUGGAGAUCAAUGAACUUGAGGAAAACGUGCCAUCUGUGUCUUUUAUGAAGAUCCUGAAACUGAACAAAACAGAAUGGCCCUACUUUGUUGUGGGAACUCUGUGUGCCGUCGCCAAUGGGGCCCUUCAGCCAGCCUUCUCUAUCAUCUUCUCAGAGAUGAUUGCGGUUUUUGGACCAGGGGAUGAUGAAGUGAAGCAGCAGAAGUGCAACAUGUUCUCAUUGCUUUUCUUAGGUCUGGGAAUUAUUUCUUUCUUUACUUUCUUCCUUCAGGGCUUCACAUUUGGGAAGGCUGGCGAGAUCCUCACCACAAGGCUUCGGUCCAUGGCUUUUAAAGCGAUGCUGAGACAGGACAUGAGCUGGUUCGAUGAUCAUAACAACAGUACUGGUGCACUUUCUACAAGACUUGCGACGGAUGCCUCCCAAGUCCAAGGCGCCACGGGGACAAGGUUGGCUUUAAUUGCACAGAAUACAGCCAACCUUGGUACUGGUAUUAUCAUAUCGUUUAUCUACGGUUGGCAGUUAACCCUUUUGCUGUUGUUGGUCGUUCCAAUUAUUGCUGUAUCAGGAAUUGUGGAAAUGAAAUUGCUGGCUGGAAAUGCCAAGAGAGAUAAAAAAGAACUGGAAACUGCUGGAAAGAUUGCAACAGAGGCCAUAGAAAAUAUUAGGACAGUUGUGUCCUUGACCCAGGAAAGAAAAUUUGAAUCAAUGUAUGUUGCAAAAUUGUAUGGCGCUUACAGGAAUUCUGUGCAGAAGGCACACAUCUAUGGGAUUACUUUUAGUAUUUCACAAGCGUUUAUGUAUUUUUCCUAUGCCGGUUGUUUUCGAUUUGGUGCCUAUCUCAUUGUGAACGGACACAUGCGCUUCAGAGAUGUUAUUCUGGUGUUUUCAGCGAUUGUGUUUGGUGCCGUGGCUCUAGGACACGCUAGUUCCUUUGCUCCAGACUAUGCUAAAGCCAAGCUGUCUGCAGCCCACUUAUUCAGACUGUUUGAAAGACAACCUUUGAUUGACAGCCACAGUGAGGAAGGCCUGAGGCCUGAUAAGUUUGAAGGAAAUGUGACCCUUAAUGACGUCGUGUUCCGCUAUCCUACCCGGCCCAACGUGCCUGUGCUUCAGGGGCUGAGCCUGGAGGUGAAGAAGGGCCAGACCCUGGCCUUGGUGGGCAGCAGCGGCUGUGGGAAGAGCACGGUGGUCCAGCUCCUGGAGCGGUUCUACGACCCAGUGUUUGGAACAGUGCUGCUAGAUGGCCAGGAAGCAAAGAAACUCAAUGUCCAGUGGCUGAGAGCCCAGCUCGGCAUCGUGUCCCAGGAGCCCAUCCUGUUUGACUGCAGCAUUGCCGAGAACAUCGCCUAUGGGGACAACAGCCGCAUUGUGACCCUGGAGGAGAUUGUGUGGGCGGCCAAGGAGGCCAACAUUCACCCCUUCAUUGAGACCUUACCCCAUAAAUAUGAAACAAGAGUGGGAGAUAAGGGGACUCAGCUUUCAGGAGGUCAAAAACAGAGGAUUGCUAUUGCCCGUGCCCUCAUCAGGCAACCCCGAAUCCUACUGCUGGAUGAAGCUACAUCAGCUCUGGACACUGAAAGUGAAAAGAUUGUCCAAGAAGCCCUGGACAAAGCCAGAGAAGGCCGCACCUGCAUCGUGAUCGCUCACCGCCUGUCCACCAUCCAGAAUGCAGACUUGAUUGUGGUGAUUCAGAACGGCAAAGUCCAGGAGCAUGGCACACACCAGCAACUGCUGGCACAGAAAGGCAUCUAUUUCUCCAUGGUCAGCGUCCAGGCUGGGACACCGAACUGAUGAACUCCUGUUAUAGUGUAUCUUCAAAAUAAAUUCCAAUCAUUCUACAACUUUUGGUGACUUAUGUAAGAAGUUUCUAAGUCACCAUAAAAUAUAGGUAUAUUGUAUUCCAGAUCAAGGUAGAAUAUCCAACUUGGGGUUUGCUAUUACAAACAAGCAUUUGAAAUUUAGGAGUUACAAGUGACACCUAGCUUGAUGAAGUAUGAAAACAGCCUAGUUCUGAGUUAUCAAAAACAUAUGGAGGAAUAUUACUCCACCAUGAAAAAGAAUGAAAUAGCACCAUUUGCAGCAACAUGG